UAUAAUAUGUAUUCCUAUACAUCGCGACAUUUUCAUAUAGUCCAUUUUUUCUUAUUAUUUACUAAACUACUGAUGGAUAGUGUGAAGUUGAUUGGGACCGUGUAUUUGAUAGUGUUGUGCUGUUAUCUCUCUACACUAAUAGAUGUCAAUCAACGCGAGCCAAGUACAUUCACGGAAAGAAUAUCUUGGAUUUGGCCGAACAAUAUCAAAGUCAAUCGCGAUGUAGUUUUCGAUACGUCGGAAAUGAUAAGGAAAGCGGGUUAUCCCGUGGAAACUCAUGUUAUAACGACCGAGGAUGGAUAUCUCUUAACAUUACAUCGUAUCCCAGGUGAUAAUGGCUCUCUACCUGUACUAUUGCAACCCGGUUUUCUUGCAACAUCCGCUAUUUGGAUUUUUCUUGGUAAAGGGAAAGGAUUAGCUUACAUAUUAGCGGAUCACGGAUAUGAUGUUUGGUUGGGUAAUUUUCGUGGUAAUAUUUAUUCCAGGGCGCAUAUUUCCCUAUCUCCAUCAAACUCGACAUUUUGGGAUUUCAGCCUUAACGAAUUGGGCAUCUACGAUUUACCCACGAUGAUUACAUAUAUUACAAAUAUGAGAUCGCAACCAUUGCAUACCUACAUUGGUAUAUCUAUGGGCUCAACUUGUUUCUAUAUAAUGGCGACAGAACAUCCGGAAAUCGCUCAAAUGGUGAAAGUGAUGAUCAGUCUCGCACCAACAGUUUUUCUUAACCAUAUGACAAGUCCGAUACAAUAUUUGUUUUUCUUGAAAGAUUACAAAAUGAUAAUGGGAUUUUUUUUUCACAAAUUUCUGCUAAGCAAUUUUGUGAGAUCUUUUUUAAUAUAUGGCAGCGAGCAGAACAUACUCAAAGAUAUCUACGUCAACUUGUUUUCUAUACUUUUCGGUUACGAUCACGAGCAGUUUGAUUACCAUCUGCUACCGUUGAUAUUGAGUCAUUUCCCAGCCGGCGGUUCGUUUAAUAUAGGGGUGCAUUAUAUACAGUUAUUUCAGUCGGGCAAAUUUCGUCAAUACGAUUAUGGUCGUGCGAAAAACAUACUGAUCUAUAAUUCGAUAGAACCUCCGGAGUACAAUCUAACAAAUAUAACGAUUCCGAUCGCGUUAUUUUAUGGCCCUGGCGACUUGCUGGAUAACACCAUGCAUAUAAGGAGGUUGUACCAUUUACUGCCCAACGUAGUGGACAUUUAUCAAGUACCGUGGCGCAAUUUCAAUCACGUAGACUUUGUAGUUGCUAAGGAUGCGCCAAAACUCGUAUACGAAAGAGUCCUCAAAAUCAUGAGGAUGGAGAAUUCAAAUAACAUUACAUCAAUAAUCAAAGAUGAAUGUUACGCGUUAAAUCUUUAUAAUAAUGGAUACGAUUGAUGGCUGUAAUCGCAAGUCUAUUGAAAUUUAUUUUAAAAUAUGC